UAACUUUGUGUUUGAGCGUGGGCGUGUAAGAUGUGAGAUUGUGUGUGUGUUUGUUUAUUUUAUUAGUUGGUGUGUGAAUUGUUUUUAUCACGGGAUUUUCAAGGGGGGACAAUUAGGUUUCUAGCGGUCAGUCUAGCAGUUGGAGAGCUGACCUGGUCUGAGUAGGGUGCUGGUGUUUUGUGUAUUUCAUAAGAGUGAUAUAAUUGUGUGCCUUAUUAAGUAUUAAAGUAUUAUCGAUAUUCAUGAAUAUAAGGAGUUAGAGUUGAUGUAUACUAAGUGUUCGUAUUUGAGUUAAGCAAGUAUUGACAAGUGUAAUUGAGAAUCAUACCCUAGAUUAUCGAGCCAUACGUAAGUGGUAAAGAACUCACCCGAGUUCCCUUACAGUUGGGGGCUCUUGUGAAAGAAAACCAGGACCUCUCGUCGCAGAAAUUGUAUAAGUAUAGCAGUUAUAAAUUGUUAUUGAUGUACUUAAACUUCAAAUAUUGUUCUUCAUGUUAUAUUGUUGUUAACUUGACACUCAUUCUAUUUUAAAACAUUUUCCUCAUGUAAUUGAUGUUCUUAAACUUACAAAUAUUGUUCUACAUGUUAUAUUGUUGUUAAUUUGACACUCAUUCUAUUUUAAAACAUUUUUCCUCAUGUGUUAUGCCCCUUGAUUUGGCCUGAGGAACGGCGGUGGUUUGAAGUACCAGUACAGAGAGGACAGCGACAGCCCGAAGUUGCAUCACGAGGACAGGUUGGAUCACGUGCAGGGAGUGGAAGUUAAGUGAUUUGUGUUACCUCUCGUGUAGCUGAACCCUCUACUCUCUAGCCUCUAUUUUCUUGCUCUAUUAUAAUUUGUUUCAAUUUGACUAUCAUACAUUUUCCUGCUUUUUUUUUCUGUGCUGUCAUACUAGCCUCUCAAUUUAAGGCUUCAGUAAUUUCAUUCUGAUUUUAUUGUUGCCAAUUUAAAAAAGGCAAGAGUCUUUAAAAUCAACGUAUUCUAACUUCCUAUCUGAAUCUAAUAAUCUGAUCAUUAUUUCAAUUUGUAUUUUUCUGUCUUGAUCAUUUACUUGCCUAAUCUAUUGUAUAACUAAAAAUAUUCUUCAAAAUUAGGAUUGAUUUUAUUUUCUUAUUGUAUGUAUAAUAGAACACUAUAAUUAUUCUUGAGGUAGUAAUUUAAGGUAAAAGAAAUAGUAGGACUGUUAUUUUAAAAUUUUCUGUAAAACUUAGUGUAGCAAACGUACUGAGUGCUGUGUAUUAUAAGGAUUAGAAAGUAAAACAUGGAAAAAGAAAGUGAGGCAGAGAAACAAAGAAGAGAAAGGUUGGAGAGGGCGGAAGAAAGAGAAAUGUCCAAGCUGCAACAGAUGAUAAGAUUAAAAGAACUGGAAUUGGAGGAAAAAGAGAAAGAUAGACAGGAGAAAGAGAAAGAAAGACAGGAGAAAGAGAAAGAAAGGGAACACGAAAGAGAAAUGAAGAAACUUGAUUUACAAAUCGCCCAGGAAAGAAAUAAAACGCCAAGUGCAACUACCGGAGUCACGGCCCAGAGACCAAGACUGAGUAAAGGUUUCCCUGCCAUGACAACCGAAGAUCUACCUUGUUACCUCGACAUGUUCGAGAUGGCAGCUAGGAGAGACAAGGUUCUAGAAGAAGACUGGGUGGCACAGCUGCAGGAGAAAAUAACACCUAAACUAAGGCAAUUCCUGACACAGAGAAGAUUAGUGGACUGCACUAACUACGAGAAGAUAAAAAAAGAGCUCUUAGACUAUGUGGGAAUGACGGAGGAAGCCUGCAGGAAAAGAUGGCAUGAGACUGUCCCAAUUGAAGAUGGCCCAAGAGAAUUUUUUGUGGCAUUACAAAAGAACUUCCGACAAUGGUGCGAGGCGGCGAAAAUAGAACGAAACUUUGAACAGCUGGAGGAGUUAAUAUUGAAAGACUCUAUACUCAGUGCCCUAAACGAGGAGGUAAGAGAAGAGAUCCUAGAUAAAGAACCUGAGUCGUUGGAAAAGCUAGUUGAUUUGUUGGAGAACAGAAAGAUAAUCUUCGCCAGUAAAAGCAUUUUCAAGAAAUCGAGAAUUUAUCAAGCCAACGCAGUGAGUGACAGAAGAGAUUUGAAUAGGCAAAAUUACCGCUACCAAACCAGCCCUAGCAGCGCAAACUACAUCAGGCCAAACAUUGAAUACCAUGAGCCCAGAAGAAAUUUCGUCAGACCCCGCUAUAGCAAUUCUUACAACAGAGCAAGAGGGCGAUGGAAUAGGCCACAUUACACAUUUAGCAACCAAGUUAACAACAGAAGAAACAACUAUGGAAAUGGAAUGUACCAGAAUAACCAAGGAAGGUAUAGGAAUGAGACAAGAAGGAACUACUCCAAUCAAGCCGAAUGUGCCGUGGUGCAAUUGCCUGAAAGACAAGGGACUUGCAAUCUGAUCUACCACAAUCCAGAAAGUGUGGCUAACUUCAUUAUGAAUGACAAGUCUAUUGGAUCGCUAAACAUAGAAGAAGGAAAGCUGAAUGGAAGAAAGGCGUCGAUCCUGAGAGAUAGCGGCUGUAGCGUUAUCGCCGUAAGAGAGACACUUGUCAAUGAAAAAGAUAUUUUGCAAGAGAAAUGCUCCUUGUGCUUAGCAGACGGACAAGUAUGUAUAUACAAAACCGCAAAGGCAAUGCUUGACACACCUUACCUGAAAGGAGAAUUCAUCGUUGUGCUAUUUCCUGAGCCGGUCGCUGAUGUGUUAAUAGGCAAUGUGAAAGGUCUGUUUGUGUCAGCCGUAAAGACGAGAGGAAUGAAGGACAGAGAAAGGGAAGAAACUCAUGUAAAGACUCCGAUUAUAAGAACAAGUAUAGAAGGAAGUCUAGAGAAGAAACAAAAAGAAAUUGAAACUCGGGCACCACUAUGGAAGAAACUUAUGACCAAAGAAAAAGAAGUUGACACUAAUUAUACUAACUUGUUUGAAUAUCUUGAGGAAUUAAAAGAAAGACUACAAAGUACAGCUAAGCUUGCAUGUGAUAAUGAAGACAUAGCGAGGCAAGAACAAAAACGACUAUAUGAUAGAAACACUGUAAAAAAAAGUUUUGACACAGGAGAAAUGGUAUUAGUGUUGAAACCAAAAAAGGGAGAUAAGCUCAAAUUAUAUUGGGAAGGCCCGUACAAGAUAGAAAAGAGGUUAUCAGACUUAAAUUACAUAGUAAAGAAAGGAAACAAAUCAAAGAUAUUUCAUGUAAACAGAUUAAUCAAAUAUUACACCCCAGUUGAAGUAACAAGUACUGUUGCCAACAGUAGCUGUAAGAGUAACAUUUUGUCUGCUGCAUUUAUUGGAGUCGUGGAUGAAUAUGACCAUGAUGAAACAGGGCAAAUCAUUGAUAAUGAAAUAGAAGAAUUAAAACUACCGGAAAUGAUCCAUGGAAAUGGAGAAAUAAACCAAAGGGCAAUAACCAUUAAUAAAGACUUAAACCAAACUCAGAAAAAUGAAGUUGAAAAACUCCUUGAAGACUUUGCACACGUAAUAUCAGAUGUACCAGGAAAAGCGAAAGUGGAGCCCUUUAAAAUAACUCUAACAUCGGAUAAGCCUGUCAAUUUAAAACCUUAUAAUGUACCAAUGGCAUUGAGACAAAGGCUACAAGAAGAAAUUGAGUCGAUGAUUAACAUGAAUAUUAUUGAAGAGAGUGAAUCGCCUUAUGCAUCUCCUAUGAUCUUAAUCAAAAAGAAAGAUGGAACCUUGAGACCAGUUGUUGAUUAUAGGCAAUUAAAUUCCAUAACAAAAUUUGAUGCAGAAGUCAUACCAGAUCAAGAAGAACUAUUUAUCACACUAAGGAAAGCUAAAUAUUUUAGUAAAUUAGACCUAACAAAAGGUUACUGGCAGGUGCCAUUAGAAGAGAGUAGUAAGCAGUACACAGCGUUCAAAGUACCUAAUGCACACUAUCAAUUCAAAUAUCUCCCAUUUGGUUUAAAAAACAGUCCUAGUUUCUUUAACAGAACAAUGCGUAGAGUGCUAAAAGGUUUAGAACAAGUAGUUUGUUAUUUUGAUGAUCUUUGUGUGUACAACACUGAUUGGCAGAGUCACAUGCUCUCGUUGAGACAAGUGCUUGAGAGGUUAGGAGAAUUCAAUAUUACUGUUAAGCCUAACAAGUUACUAAUUGGGUUCCAAACUAUUACAUUCCUAGGCCAUAAGAUUGGCCAAGGCUUUCUUCAGCCUGAAAAUUCCAAUGUCAAUAAGAUGCUGCAGCUACGGUACCCUAAAACAAAGAAGGAAACCCGAUCAUUAUUAGGUCUGCUCAAUUAUUAUCGCUCCUUCAUUCCAAACUUUUCAAGCUUGUUGUCUCCCUUUACUGAAAUUCUUAAAAAAGGGCACCCUUCUAAAGUUGCUAAGACUGUGGAGGGGGAGGUUGCAUUGGAGCAUAUACAAAGAUACUUGACUUCUCACCCCAUUUUAAUGUUGCCUGAUCCGGAUAAAUGUUUUUAUCUACAGUGUGAUGCUUCGGACAAGGCUGUUGCAGUUGCUGCUCUACAGUACGUGGGAAACAAAUUGCAUCCUGUCCGUUUCCUCAGCAGAAAAUUACUCCCACGUGAAUGUAAAUACAGCAUAAUGGAGCGUGAGUUGUUAGCAUUAACAUGGGGAAUUAAGAAGUUGGAACACUUCUUGUAUUCACGUAAGUUCAUUGUUUGGACUGAUCACCUGAAUCUCAAGUAUCUCAAGUCUGCAACCACCAAUGCUCGCAUUGCUAGAUGGAUAUUAUACCUUAUGGACUUUGACUUUGAAAUUCAGCACAUUAAAGGUACAGACAACUUUUGGGCUGACCCAUUGUCUAGGCUGACAGUUUGAACUCACAUUAUUGUCUCUGUCAGAAGCAUACCUGGUAUUGUAACGUUUUCAGACUGUGCACAUCUCAGCAAUCCAGUAUGUACGUUGAACUUUUUCAACUAUGAUCGUCUCGUCAGAGAAGUUACUACUAUUACUACUACUACUAUUAUUAUUAUUGCUCAAUUAAAUUGACUGAACUGUUCAUCUCUUUGUGUUUUAAUUGUACUUUGCACAACACGCGUCGUCUCAUCCAGUAUUGAGAAGCAUCGGAAGUCAAGUCUUAAGCUCUAUAUUCACAAACAAUAAACAGUAGCCUACAUUGUAACCUGACGUCACAAGAGAAGGAACUGGACAAGUGGAACAGAUGAAGAUUAGUUUAGUUAUAUUAUUAGUUUUAUUAUUACAUAUGCAUUAUUAUUGAUGAACUUGUUUUGUUUGGAAAUGGAAAGAUAAUUCAUGUAUUUUAUUAAUGUUGAUGCAUAGAAACGAAGUAUUCAUUAUUUCAUACUUAAACUCAUGGGUGUAGUUUGUUGAAUUGAAACAAAUUACUUGUGUAAACAUAGUAAGAUGUACUGUGUAUUUUUGAGUAGUAUUUCUUUUAACCAUGUUGUACUUCAACAAUGUCAUUAAUAAUUUUUUUUAGUGUACAUAAUAUAGACUUAGAUUUUCAGGGAAAAUCUAGGGGAAGUAAGGGGGAGAUGUCAAGAGCGUGGGCGUGUAAGAUGUGAGAUUGUGUGUGUGUUUGUUUAUUUUAUUAGUUGGUGUGUGAAUUGUUUUUAUCACGGGAUUUUCAAGGGGGGACAAUUAGGUUUCUAGCGGUCAGUCUAGCAGUUGGAGAGCUGACCUGGUCUGAGUAGGGUGCUGGUGUUUUGUGUAUUUCAUAAGAGUGAUAUAAUUGUGUGCCUUAUUAAGUAUUAAAGUAUUAUCGAUAUUCAUGAAUAUAAGGAGUUAGAGUUGAUGUAUACUAAGUGUUCGUAUUUGAGUUAAGCAAGUAUUGACAAGUGUAAUUGAGAAUCAUACCCUAGAUUAUCGAGCCAUACGUAAGUGGUAAAGAACUCACCCGAGUUCCCUUACAAUAAAUCUUGCAGUAUUGAGAGAUGGCAAUAAUUGUGCAGUUCCUUGUUUUUCUUUU